UCAUCUUCAAUGUUGAAACGUGAAAACCAUUAAUGGUCAACUUAAUUGUCAGUGGAAACAAUUGGAAUGUUUCAUCACAAUCAUCAACUAAUUAGUUCCAAUAAUCAAUUGUCCAGAUAAUAAUUGACCAUAAACAAAGUGAUCAAAUUGUAACUCUACUUCUAAGUUGUGAUAUUAAAACUUUAUAUCCAUGUUAAUAAAUCACCGCCAAAAACAAUGAGUUAAUCAAUAAUGGAAACUGAAAUUAUCAUUAACUCAAAAUGAUGAGAGUCAAAGUGAUUGUUAAAAUUUUAGCUCUCUUUGUCUUCACAAUCAUCUCAAUGGGCAGUCUUACAAUGACCAUUGAUCCUCAAUUCUGGACUGACCAAAAGGAAAUUAAAUUAGUCCAUGGGAAUGAUUAUUCAGCUGACCAGCCAACAAUAUCUAAUACUAAUAUUGUCACCAAAAGUGGACUUUAUUUCACUCAUGAACCACCAAGUAAGGUGACAUUUUUUAACACUGAUGGUAUAAUCGUUGAUUGUAAGGGCAAUUCAUCCGAAUCAAUGGUAAAAAUAACCUGGUCAAGUUCCUCUGGUCAACGAUUAAUGGACUUUCCUGGACUUCGAUACAUUCGUAAUGAUGGUUACCUUGUUUUCCCUCCUUUCAGUCCAAAUGAUUACAAGCAAUCAAUUCAUUCAACCAGCUACAUUUGCAUAGCCACGGAUAAUUAUGGUUCAAUUUCAAGUCGAUUGGUAACAAUUAAAGGAGUGAUUCGUCGCUCAUUAACAAUCCAUGUCCAUGAUCAGCAUAUCCUUCCUGGAGGAAUCGCUGCUUUUACCUGUCACAUUUCCGGCUUUGAAUCAACCUCACAAUUAAUGGAAGUUUCUUCAUGGCUUGAAGAGCCCUCAGGCAGAGUGAUAACAACAAUACCGAGUAAAUUGUUAACAAUUGGAACCCUUUUAUCAAGUAAAUAUUUAUCACUGGACGAUGGUCGACUUUACAUUAGCUCGGUUUCAUCUUCAUUGAAUAAUAAUCGAUAUCGAUGUCGAGUUACCUGUAGAUUAACUGGUGAAAUAUUAACAAGCUCAUCAGCGGGUCGUUUAAUUGUCGGAGCCCUUCGGGAACCAUUUCCACCAAGAAUAACAUUGAAAAGUGACCUUAUCAUUGGUGAAUUUGGAAGUCAAGUUAUAGUUACCUGUAUAGCUUCAGGUUAUCCAUUACCUCAUUAUAAAUGGAUUCCAAGAUGGUCAAUGGUCAAGCAACAUCAACAUCAUUUAAUGAUGAUAACUGGUAGUAACAAGAGUGAUAACAGUAAUGAAAAUAUCCCAAGUCCAUCAACCAAUAGUGACCAUCAACAUUAUCAUCAUCACCAUGGUUUAAAAGAUGGUGAUAAUAUCAUUGGGAAAGAUGAUCGUUUCAUUCAGGUUAAUCAAUUCCUGAUCAUCAAGAAUCUUAAUCAAUCCGAUAUGGGAACCAUUGGAUGCUGGGCAAAUAAUUCAUUGGGUCACGAUAAAGUUUCAAUUCAACUAAUGGUUCGCUCUCCAUUAAGAGUAAACUUAUCAAUAAUCAGUGAAUUUGAAAGAGACUCUCAUGUAACUUUGAUCAACUGUGAUUAUACCGGAUAUCCUGUUACCUCAAUUGAAUGGCGAUUUAAUGGUCAUCCAUUGAAUUUAUUGUAUCCUUUGAAUGGUUCAUCGACAAUUAAAUUGUUAAAUCCAAGUAGAUUAAAAAUUGAAUCUGCAACAGAAAAGGAACAAGGUUAUUUUCAAUGUUUCGUUUCAAAUGAAUAUGAAUCAGUUAACGAUAUUGUCCAAUUGAAAAAGUCUAUUAUUGCUCUACAAUUUUUGGAAACUUUUGAUUCUGUAAUAUUAUCUGAAGGUGAUUCAGUUACCCUUUCAUGUAAAGUUGAAGGUUAUCCAAUACCAAGGGUCACUUGGACUCUUGACCAUCAACCGAUAACAACAAUUACACCAAAAAGAGACAUAAUAACUCAAUCAGAUACAAAGGAAAAUGUAAUCGUGAGCUUAUUGAAAUUACAAGGGAUUAUCCUGUUAGAUGGAGGUUCUUAUGGAUGUGUAGCUGAAAAUUCAGGUAAAAAGAUUACUCAUAUACGAAAAGUUCAAGUUCGAGGCCUUCCAUUCAUAAAAUCGCUCACAAAUCGAAUCACAAUCGCCGGAAGCCAAUUAACAGUCCAUUGUCCGGUAGUUGGUUAUCCAAUUGAUCGUUUAAUCUGGAUAAAAGAUGGUCAAGUUUUGUCAGAUUCUAGUAAUCAGAAAGUUCAUUCAGAUGGAAGUCUAGAAUUGCGGAAUCAGAGUAAAAUCCAUGAUCAGGGUAAAUACACAUGCCGAGCAUUCCAAGGGAACUAUUCAUCAGAAUCAAGCUUCACUCUCUCCAUUCAAGUUAAACCAGUUAUUGAAACGUUCAAAUUUCCAAGUGGACUUCAUGAAGGUCAACGAGCUUCCAUUUCUUGUACAGUUGCUACCGGAGAUUAUCCGAUAAUCAUCACUUGGAUUAAGGAUUUAACAGUGAUACCAAAUGAAUCCAUAAGUCCAAAAGUCAUCUCAGUGUCGGAUUAUUCAAGUAGCUUAUUAUUUGAAUCUCUUGAUGUUACACAUCGAGGUAAUUACACUUGUAGAGCGACAAAUGAGGCCGGAUUAACGGAACAUUCAGCUUACCUGGAGAUUAAUGAGGCACCAUUAUGGACUCUGGAACCUAUCGAUAGCUGGUCAAUCAAGGGUAACAAGGUGAUAAUCCAUUGUCAAGCAACAGGAUUUCCAAUACCAAGGAUUAGAUGGUCAAGAUCAUUUGAUUCUUCUGGGAAAGAGUUUAAACCAAUUGCAAGUAAUCCUCACAUUCAAGUUCAUGAAAAUGGCUCAUUGAUAAUUCAUGAAACAAUUACAUCUGAUUCUGGUUAUUAUCUUUGUCAAGCUCAUAAUUCAGUUGGACCAGGAUUAAGUAAAGUAGUUAAUCUUAAUGUUUAUGUUAAAGCUCAUUUCAUUCAUCACAAAUUUCACAAUUAUUCAAAGUUGGAUGAUAAUACAACCUUAAACUGUAUCGCCCAUGGUGAUGACCCUCUAGAUAUCCAAUGGUUUAAAGAUGAUCAAACAAUUGGUUGGAAUUAUAUUGGAACAUUAAAUCAUCAGCAUCAUUCUUAUGGAUUAAAGGGUUUUUCGCAUUAUCAACUUUUCGAGGAGCAUUUACCGAAUCUUGUUCGUUCCGAGUUAAUCAUUAGUUCAGCGAAAAGGACUGAUAAUGGGAUUUUUAUGUGUCGAUCAUCAAAUUCAUUUGGAACCGAUGAGUUAAUUAUUCAAUUGACAAUACAAGAACCUCCAGGACAACCAAUUGAUUUAAUUUUAGAAGAAUUAUCUUCCCGAUGGGUUUCAAUCUCAUGGAAAACUGAAUUUGAUGGACAUUCACCGAUAACAAAUCAUCUUGUCCAGUAUAUUGAACAUUCACCAUCAUCAAUAUUACCAGAAUUAACUUUAACUGAUCGAACUAAAGUUAUGAUUGUGAUGGGCGAUUCCAUGGUAGCCAAAGUAACUGGACUUCGUCCUGGUCAACGAUAUUCACUAAUUGUGAUGGCUGAAAACGCCUUAGGACGUGGUAACAGUUCCUUACCUAUUUUGGUAACAACGGAAGAGGAACAACCUUCAACUCCACCCAUAAAUCUUUCACUUAUUCCACUAUCUUCAUCUUCCAUUCGGAUAACUUGGGAUCGACCAGAAAUUAAAGGUCACAAUGGUCAAAUUCAAGGUUAUCACAUUGGAAUAAGAGAAGCCAAUGAAGUGACCAAUACCUUCACCUAUCACACGUUUAAUGUAUCUCACGAUGAGGUGAAUAAAGAUGAAAAUGAUGACCGGAACAACGUGUCCAACAUUAAAUGGCAAAAAUCGUCAACUCAACUUUCCUCCUUUUCUCAACGUCUUUCAAUUAUUCUAGAUAAUCUUAGACAAUUAACCAAAUAUACAAUAAUUGUUCACUCCUUUAAUAGUAAAGGGUCAUCGCCGGCAUCAACCGAGAAACAUGUAACCACUUUUGGUAUUGAUCUACCGUCCACUCCUAAUCCAUCAAUUGUUUACAUCUCAUCAACCUCAAUUCAUAUUACCUGGACUCAGAUAAUUGAUGAUUCCCAUCCUAUCCAGGGUUAUCAUAUUUACCAUAGGACAAGCUCAUCAUCAUCAUCAUCAUCAUCAUCCACUCUUCAAUUAAUCGACAGAUAUGGUUCAAUUGAUUCAGAUAAAUGGUCUCAGAUCACGUUAAUUGGUCAUCAAACUUUUUAUACAUUCCAAGGAUUAGAUUGUGGUACCAUGUACAAUUUUUACCUUGUCGCCUACAAUUCAAUGGGAUUAAGUCCACCAAGUGAUAUAAUCUAUGCUAAAACAAAUGGCUCUUUACCAAUUACUCCCGAUUAUACUGAAGCAAUUUAUCAAAAUUCAUCAUCAACAAUUUAUAUCUCACUUGAAGCAUGGAGAUCAUCUGGUUGUCCAAUCGAAGAGUUUUCAAUUCGUUAUCAAAUUACUUCCGGACUAAUUUCUCGUUGGAAUGAGUUAACUAUUCCCAAUGAUAUUAAAUUGAAAGGAUUGAUUCCCAUUGAUAAUUCCAUUGGCUCAUCAAUUGAUAAAAUACAAAUUUCUGUUCGUAAUAAAUUGGGUAUAACUAAAGUUGAAUACAUUUUCUCACCAACCUCAUCUUCAACAUCUUCCUCAUGGUCUUCAACUGAUUUCCUAUUAUCAAGUAAUUUAUCUCGAUCUUCCAAAUCUGGUGUCGUAAAUGUUUACAAAAAGUCCAAUCAAUUGCCGAAAAUAAUUACUAAUCGAACUCACAAUGGCUACGAAUCAACCUUGUUAUCGCAAUUAAUUUACUAUGCAGCUUGGGCAUCGGUUAUCUGGUUAAUUGUUUUAUUAUUUUAUUUUGCCACUAAAAGUAAAAUUUGGACAAACAUGAGGGACAAUUUGAAUUUGAAUAGUGAAAACGGACAAAACAAAGAUCAACCUAAACACCACCAAGAGCACAAUGAAUGUUCAAACUCAUCUAAUGUAAACUUAUCACCAUCAACAACCUUACCCUUGACCGAUACUACAAAUUCAAACGGAAGCCAUUGUUUAGAUCAAUCAAUGAGCAAUAUCAACAAUUGUAUGACUUUGAAACUUCACGAUUCUAUCAAAGAUCAUCCACCUGAGACCAUGAUGACAAUGGUUAAGAUGACGGGAAAUGGAGCCUCAUAUGAACCUUUAUACUCGACAAUCAUGAAGAAACCACUUUGUAAAUUAGUGAAAAUUUAAAGAAACAUUGUAAUUAACCAUUUGCACGUAAAUGUCACAGAAAAGUCAAUUUCUGUCAGCAUUAACGAUACUCAUAAGUUCCUGUGUAAAAAAUUCAACAGAAAUUUUAAAUUCCAAAUUUUUUCACAUUUUCCUUUAGAUAAAAAUCAAAAUAAAAUUCCAAAGCAAUUGAAUAAAGUUCCAAAAAAUAUUUUA